AGGGCGGGGCCUCUCGGGGCCAAGCCCCGCCCCCGCCCCUAUAAAUACGGCUUCCCGGGCUCUUUGUGGGGCCAGGAGCUCGGUGGAGAGCGGGGAGCUCCGGCUUCUUUGCCGACGUCGCUGGCCGCGGGGCUGUCCCAAGAAGGCGGACGGCGAGCGCCCGUGUGCGCCCGUGUCAUCCUCGCUCGGGACGCAGGGACCGUUUUUAAAUCACAAGGGCGUGGGUCAGCCUCCCUAGGACUUCAUGUCUGUAUAUUUCCCCAUUCACUGCCCUGACUAUCUGAGAUCAGCCGAGAUGACUGAGGUGAUGAUGAGCACCCCAUCCAUGGAGGAGAUUGGCCUCAACCCCCGAAAGGACGGCCUGUCCUAUCAGAUCUUCCCCGACCCAUCGGACUUCGACCGCUGCUGCAAACUGAAGGACCGCCUGCCCUCCAUAGUGGUGGAACCCACAGAGGGCGAGGUGGAGAGUGGGGAGCUCCGGUGGCCCCCCGAGGAGUUCUUGGUCCAGGAGGAUGAGCAAGACAACUGCGAAGAGACAGCGAAAGAAAACAAGGAGCAGUAGAGUCCCUGCGGACAGACCCCCGUGGGGUCACACCAGCCAGCAUCUGUUCCUGAACUGUGUUUUUCCCAUCAUGGUGGAAGAAGAGAGUGAGCCACAGUAGUUCUGAAAAUGUCAAACGAGGCUUCCGUUUUGCACCUGCAAAUCACCGAGUUGGUUUUCUUUUC